AUGGCUGCUCCGCCAGCCGCCUUAGUGGCUAAGGUAAAAAAACAUUUCAUAGGUAUUCCUGCGCCUCUUGGAUAUGUCGCUGGUGUUGGUCGAGGUGCAACAGGAUUUACAACACGAUCUGAUAUUGGUCCAGCGCGAGAUGCCAAUGAUGUUUCCGACGAUCGCCAUGCACCACCCACAAAAAAGAAAAAAAAAGAUGAAGAAGAAGACGAUGAUGAGGAUUUGAAUGAUUCUAACUAUGAUGAAUUCAGUGGUUAUGGUGGUUCAUUGUUCAGUAAGGAUCCAUACGACAAAGAUGAUGAAGAAGCAGAUAUGAUUUAUGAAGAAAUUGAUAAACGAAUGGACGAAAAACGUAAGGAAUACAGAGAGAAACGAUUAAAAGAAGAAUUAGAAAAGUAUCGACAAGAACGACCAAAGAUUCAACAACAAUUCAGUGACUUGAAAAGAGGAUUGACUAUGGUUAGUGAAGACGAAUGGCGCAAUAUUCCAGAAGUUGGUGAUGCUAGAAAUCGCAAACAAAGGAACCCUAGAGCUGAAAAAUUUACUCCACUACCGGACACUGUACUAUCACGAAGUCUUGGUGGUGAAAGUACUUCUUCUAUUGAUUCAGCAAGUGGUCUUAUGAGUCAAUAUCCACAUGGUACAGUUACACCUGGAAUGUUAACUCCGUCUGGAGACUUAGAUUUAAGAAAAAUGGGACAAGCUCGUAAUACUUUAAUGAAUGUAAAACUUAACCAAGUAUCAGACUCUGUUGAAGGACAAACUGUGGUUGAUCCUAAAGGCUAUUUGACUGAUUUACAUAGUAUGAUUCCAACAUAUGGGGGAGAUAUCAAUGAUAUAAAAAAAGCUAGAUUAUUGUUAAAGUCUGUACGAGAAACAAAUCCUAAUCAUCCACCAGCUUGGAUAGCAUCAGCUCGUCUUGAGGAAGUAACAGGAAAAAUUCAAGCUGCUCGUAACGUUAUCAUGAAAGGUUGUGAAGAUAAUCCAAAAUCUGAAGAUCUUUGGCUUGAAGCUGCUCGUUUACAACCUCCAGAAACUGCCAAAGCUGUUAUCGCCCAAGCAGUUAGGCAUAUUCCAACAUCAGUUCGUAUUUGGAUUAAAGCUGCUGACUUAGAAUCUGAAACUAAAGGUAAAAGAAAAGUCUACAGAAAAGCUUUAGAACAUAUUCCAAAUUCAGUUAGAUUAUGGAAAGCUGCUAUUGAGUUGGAAGAUCCAGAAGAUGCUCGAAUUUUAUUAAGUCGUGCUGUUGAAUGUUGCCCGACUAGUGUUGACCUAUGGCUAGCUUUGGCUCGAUUAGAAACUUAUGAAAAUGCACGUAAAGUGUUAAAUAAAGCUCGUGAAAAUAUUCCUACUGAUAGACAAAUUUGGACAACUGCUGCUAAAUUAGAAGAAGCUAACGGUAAUAUAAAUAUGGUUGAAAAAAUCAUAGAUCGCGCUAUAUCUUCUUUAAGUGCUAAUGGAGUCGAAAUUAACAGAGAACAAUGGAUUAAAGAAGCAAUAGAAGCGGAAAAAUGUGGUUCGGUCAAAACAUGUCAAGCUCUUAUUAAAGCUAUAAUUGGAUAUGGAAUAGAAGACGAAGACCGUAAACACACUUGGAUGGAAGAUGCUGACUCCUGUGCUAGUCAAUUAGCUUAUGAGUGUGCAAGAGCAAUUUUCUCUCAUUCUUUAGCUGCUUUUCCGAGUAAAAAGUCCAUUUGGUUGAGAGCUGCUUAUUUUGAAAAAAAUCAUGGUACAAGAGAUUCUUUAGAAACGUUAUUACAAAAAGCUGUUGCUCAUUGUCCAAAAUCUGAAGUAUUAUGGUUGAUGGGAGCAAAAUCAAAAUGGUUAGCUGGUGAUGUACCAGCUGCUCGUGGUAUUUUAUCUCUAGCAUUUCAAGCGAACCCAAAUUCAGAAGAAAUUUGGCUUGCUGCUGUAAAAUUAGAGUCUGAGAAUUCAGAAUUUGACCGUGCAAGACGUUUAUUGUCUAAAGCCAGAGCUUCGGCACCAACUCCAAGAGUAAUGAUGAAGUCUGCUAAACUUGAAUGGUGUUUGAACAAUUUAGAUACAGCUUUACAAAUCCUCGAGGAAGCUCUUGUUAAGUUUCCAGAUUAUGCUAAAUUGUGGUUAAUGAAAGGUCAGAUUGAAGAACAACAAGGAGAUGUAGACAGAGCACAUGAAACUUUUAAUUCUGCACUAAAGAAAUGUCCCAGUUCUAUUCCUUUAUGGAUAUGGUUAGCCAGAUUAGAUGAGAGAAGAAAAAUGCUAACCAAAGCAAGAUCAGUAUUGGAAAAAGGUCGUUUGAAAAAUCCACAUAAUCCAGAACUGUGGUUGGAAGCUAUACGUAUAGAAUUUCGAGCAGGUAUGAGAGAUAUAGCAAAUACAAUGAUGGCCAAAGCACUACAAGAAUGUCCAAAUGCUGGAAUAUUAUGGUCGGAAGCUAUAUUCUUGGAAGCAAGACCGCAACGAAAAACUAAAAGUGUGGAUGCUUUAAAAAAAUGUGAACAUGAUGUUAAUGUACUUUUAGCUGUCUCAAAGUUAUUUUGGAGUGAACGUAAAUUACAAAAAUGCCGUGAAUGGUUUAAUAGAACUGUUAAAAUUGAUCCAGACUUUGGGGAUGCUUGGGCAUAUUUCUAUAGAUUUGAAGUAUUACAUGGAACGGAAGAAGUACAAGUAGAUAUUAAAAAGAGGUGUAUUGCAGCAGAACCUCAUCAUGGUGAAGCAUGGUGUAUUGUAUCAAAAAACAUUGAUAACUGGAGACUUACUACUGAAAAUGUUUUAAUGUUGGUUGCAAAAGACUUACCUAUCCCUAUUUAA